CUCAAUACAAGUUCACCCUCUUUCUCUAAAUUGAUACAAUCUAUUUUUCAUUCCAAUUCCCUGUAAUCGCGCAAAAAAUCAGAAUCCUCCUCACCCACAACGCUGCUUCCUCCUUCCCUAAUCUCGGGUAAACCCUAAUAUCAUCUACAUUGUACUGAUUUGUUUCUAUAAUUAGUGUGUACCCAAGUCGUAUUCUCACAAUGUCUGAGAAUACACCUCGCAAGUUGAUUACUAGAGGUAUACCCACUAAAAUCCUCAAUUUCAAUGGGCCCUCUUUCUCCUUGCAAAUCACUCAAGGGGAAUUGGAUGCAGGUUUAGCCAAAAAUAUGGCAUUGGAGAAGAGAACAAAAUCUCGACAUAAAAAUUUCAAAGAAACCCAAGUCGAGAAAUCAUUGAAGGAAACAAGACUUCCCAUUCCGGAAAAGAGGAAAAACCAUAUCUUUGAAGCUUCAUCUGCCAAGGGGAAGGAGGUUGAAGCAAGUAAAAGCUCAGAUAAAGUCGAAGAAAAGGGAAUUAAGCUUUUUGUGAAAAAACAGUCAAUAUUUGCACCGCAUAUCAGUGUAUAUACUAACACUGACAUACUCUCCGAGCUAAAAGAGAAUCUUACUCCAGAGCAGUACAAACAACUGGGUAAUACUUUUGGAAAUUUCCUUCAAAUGAAGCGUUGUGAAGUCCAACAUCAACUCUUCAGAUGCUUCAUGGCUCUCCAGUUAGAAGGAACUCCUAACAAUGUAUUUGCAAUACACGUCAAUGGUACUUCAUUACAUUUCUCAUUAAGGGAGUUUGCGCUUGUGACUGGCCUCAAAUGUUUUGGUAAUGAUGUUGAUUUUGGUUUAGUGAAAAGGUUUCUAACCGGCUUAUUGAGACUUACUUUGGAGGUGUCAAUCUUGUCAAGAAGAAACAUUUGAUGAAAUGCUUUGCUGACAAGAACUGGGGUCACGACAACGAUGGUGAUGCCUUGAAGAUAGCUUUGUUGUAUUUCAUACACACCUUCAUUUUAAGGAUACAUCCCGAAUUCUCUGUUCUCUUUUUUCAACCCUACAUACACCCUGUAACCCAUAUCAUUGUGUAUUUCCAUUGGCGUGCAA